UCCCGGGGCAGCUGAUCGAGGAGGAAAGCCCAUGACCUGCAUCGAGAUUGCAGCUGCAGGAUUGCGGGCAUCUCGAUGAGAGGCAGGAUGCCUGCUCAGACGUCUGCGCGAGCCGAUCCAACCACGGUCGAAGCUGUGAAGUGAGGAUCUGUCUGCUCCGAGCGUCUCCGGGCUCUUAAAGUAAAAUUGCUCGGAACCUUACUUGCAGUAUCGUCGCGCUCGAGCGACAGUGCAUUGCGUUCUUUCCCAGGCCGCGUACGAUACGGUGUUGUAUAAUCCACCAUACGAGACGAGGAUGAAGAGUACGCUUUUGUAAUACUCCUGAUUGGUCGAUCGUACGCUGCGACCGCGAGGAGGAGCUCGUUCUCGAACCCAGUUGGCAAAAAUUUGGUGGGAGUUUGAGAGAGGGCGAUGGAGGCGAGCGAACCUUGUGAGACGCAUGGAGGUUGGCAGGACGGUAGGACUUGUGGUGGUGAUGCGGAGGAUAAGUCAAGGGCGAAUUGGACGGGGAACUCUGGGACGAAGGUAAUCAGGAAGCGUUAUCAAUUGGUGAAAUACCACGAUCUGGCCACUUACCUGAAAAGCAAUGAGUAUAUUUUGGAUCAUUACCGCUGUGAUUGGCCUCUUCGGGAAACGGUGCUGAGCCUUUUUUCCAUCCACAACGAGACACUGAACAUCUGGACACAUCUGGUAGGAUUCUUAAUAUUCCUAGGGCUUGCGGUCUACACCGCCACUGUUUUGCCGACGCUCAUGCACUUGUCGGGAUUGACAUCAAUGAGCAGCUUUCAGAAGAAGGAAGGGGAAGUCCUGGUCUCGAUGGUCCCUCCAUCUGAAGAACUUGUCACAAGAUGGCCAUUUUUUGUGUUCCUUGGUGGCGCAAUGUGUUGUUUAAUGUUCAGCAGCACGUAUCACUUACUCAACUGCCACUCUCAGCGCCUCCACAGCAUUCUACACCGAUUAGAUCAUGCGGGAAUUGCUGUACUGAUUGCGGCCUCCUUCUUUCCUCCCAUUUACUAUUCGUUUUUUUGCUUUCCAGCCCUUCGGAGAAUGUACUUGUCUGGUGUUACUUUGAUUGCAGUGACCACAAUUAUCUUUGCUUCACUUCCAAGGUUCCGCACGCCUGAAUUCAGAAAGUACAGAGCCAUGCUGUUUUUCUGCACUGGGGCUUCCGGUGUAUUUCCUGGUGCCCACAGACUUGCAAUCUACUGGCAUGAACCUUUAGCAUUUAAGGGGUUGGAAUAUGAGAUAGCCAUGGGGCUGAUGUAUGGCGUGGGCGCAGUACUGUAUGCUGCUAGGAUACCUGAGAGGUUUAAACCUGGUCGAUUUGAUAUCGUGGGCCACAGCCACCAAAUUUUUCAUGUUCUUGUGGUGUUUGCUGCGUUAGCUCACUACAAAGCAGGGCUCAUCGACUUGCAAUGGCGAGAUGCUCACGGUUGCACUUAAGACCCUCAAACACUGGGAAAUUGUAGGUUGAAUCCAGGAAAUUUUCGGAGGUCGUUGUAGACUCUGAGCAUAACUUUCGUGUGUUAGCAUCAGCUGCAAAGAGCAGUAGAACCAUUCGACCACGCCAUGAAGAGAGUUUCUCCUCCGAUGUCAGCUUUCAUCAUGUUGAAGAUGAUACAAAUAUUUCAGCCCUUCGCUUCUCACAUAUGUAUGAAAAUCCAAUGUAGAUCUGUUGAAUAGUAGCAUCGUUUCCAGUGCAGUGCAUAUGCUAACGAUGUAGCUUUGAGUACGAAUUCACAUUGGAUCAUUCCUUUUUGUUACAGACUAAUAUUGGUUUUUACUUAAGG